GAACCCAAUGCCAAUCUUUUGUGGUAACCUGGACUUUGAUGCUCGCCAGUCUGAUGUUGAACGUCUUUUCAGAAGAUAUGGAAGGGUGGAGAGGGUGGAUAUGAAAUCUGGAUCACUUGGAAAUUCCAUGAUCUAACUGGAAGGAUGGUUCUCUGCAUUUAUUUAGUGACUUGUACCCAAGAUGCAUGUUCUUGUGUUUGUUCAAAAGAACCAAUAUGCUCUACGAUGGUCCUACAAUCCUUCAAUUUCCUGAGACCAUUACCUUUGCAUUUCUUCUGUCUUUGCUCAGUAUUCAAUUUCCGACAUGUUCCAACAUAGAUAUAAAGUUCAUCUCGGAUCCAGUGGCAGGCUUUGCUUUUGUCUAUAUGGAAGAUGAGCGUGACGAGGAGGAUGCGAUCCGGAGACUUGACAGGAUAGAGUUUGGUAGAAAAGGUCGCCGACUUCGUGUUGAACUGACAAAGCAGCAAGAACGUGGUGGCAGGAAGCCUGAUAGAUCAAGAAGAUCUGCAGCUAACACAAGACCAACAAAAACUUUGUUUAUCAUCAACUUUGAUCCUAUCAGUACCAGGACCAGAGAUCUUGAAAGGCAUUUUGAACCAUAUGGAAAGAUAUCUAACAUUAGGAUUCGAAGAAAUUUUGCAUUUGUGCAAUUUGAGUUGCAGGAAGAUGCUAUCCGUGCAUUAGAAGCAACAGACAACAGCAAGUUCAUGGAUCGAGUUAUUUCAGUGGAGUAUGCUAUUCGUGAUGAUGAUGACAGAAGAAAUGGGUACAGCCCUGAUCGAAGAGGUCGUGAUGUCUCCCCCGAUAGACGAAGCUAUGGUGCGGGUCGUUCCCCAAGUCCUUAUCGUAGGAAUAGGAGUAGUCCUGAUUAUGGACACGGAUCAGUCCCUGAUUCUAGAUCCAAGCUAAGUCCUAGUCCUGAUUAUCGCAAAGCAAGAAGCCCUGUCAAUGACAGAUACAACAGCCGUUCAUCUCCUCGUGAAAGAUUUCGAUCCUGAGAAGCAUGUAAGAAGAGUUCCUUGCAUUUUCUAUAGUCUUUGUUAUCUGCUGUUGAUUUCUGUCUUCCAUUGCCAUCUGUUACACUUUAUUUGAACAAGGUUAAUCAACUAGUCAUUGGCAUGAUUCUGGUAGAGUGAAGAAUUGUACUUCUUUUAAUGCUGUAAAGCAGAAAAACGUAAGAUUUGAGUUACUGGUAAUGGUAUGCCUCUUCUAGUUUAUGUACAAUUUACAUUUUUUAAUUUGUGGAGCUUAAAAUGUUGGAUUAAAUGUCUUUCAUGACAA